GAGCGGGGACGUCUGAGUGGUAGAGCGCCGGUCGGCGUUGUCCGCGUGUGGGCAGGCGGUGGCCGGGAGCGCGUCCGGACGUCAGCCUGUAGAGGCAGUUGUGGUUCUCCACCGGCAGUAAGCAGCCGCUCGGGGUGUCCGUGGCAGCGGCGGCGCUGGCUGUGUGUGUCCCCCCACCAGCUCCCUCAGCCAUGCUGUGCUAUGUGACCAGGCCGGACGCGGUGGUGAUGGAGGUGGAGGUAGAGGCGAAAGCCAAUGGCGAGGACUGCCUGAACCAGGUUUGCAGAAGGCUGGGAAUUAUAGAAGUUGAUUAUUUUGGACUGCAGUUCACUGGCAGCAAAGGGGAGAAUCUGUGGCUGAAUUUGAGGAACAGAAUCUCCCAGCAGAUGGAUGGUUUAGCCCCUUAUCGAUUGAAAUUAAGAGUCAAAUUUUUUGUUGAGCCCCAUCUUAUCUUACAAGAACAGACAAGGCAUAUGUUUUUCCUGCAUAUAAAAGAAGAUCUUCUUGCUGGUAAUCUUCAGUGUUCUUCAGAGCAUGCAAUUGAACUUAGUGCAUUGUUGGCACAGAUGAAGUUUGGAGAUUAUAACCAGAACACUGCCAAGUACAAUUAUGAAGAGUUGUGUGCAAAAGAGCUUACCACUACCGUUUUGGAGAGCAUUAUUGCAAAGCACAAAGAGCUAGAAGGUCUAAGUCAAGCUUCUGCUGAAUACCAGAUUCUACAGAUUGUUACAACACUGGAGAAUUAUGGGGUAGAGUGGCACUCAGUGAGAGACAGCGAAGGGCAAAAACUCCAUAUUGGUGUUGGACCUGAAGGCAUAUCAAUCUGUAAAGAUGACUUCAGUCCUAUCAACAGGAUUGCUUAUCCUGUUGUUCAAAUGGCAACUCAAUCUGGGAAGAAUGUAUAUCUGACUAUUACCAAGGAGUCUGGUAAUAGUGUAGUACUGUUGUUUAAGAUGAUCAGUACAAGGGCAGCAAGUGGACUCUAUAGAGCAAUUACAGAGACACAUGCAUUUUACAGGUGUGACACUGUCACCAGUGCGGUCAUGAUGCAAUAUAGUAGAGACUUAAAGGGUCACUUAGCAUCCCUAUUUCUGAAUGAGAACAUUAAUCUUGGUAAAAAAUACGUCUUUGACAUUAAAAGAACUUCAAAAGAAGUUUAUGAUCAUGCAAGGCGAGCUCUUUAUAAUGCUGGCAUUGUAGAUCUUGUUUCAAGAAGUGACCAGACCCCACCAAGUUCCCCUCUUAAGUCUUCUGAAAGUAGCAUGAACUGUGAUAAUUGUGAGGGUCUUAGCUGCCAACAAACAAAAGCUCUGCAAGAGAAGCUGCGGAAGCUAAAAGAGUCCAUGCUUUGUAUGGUGUGUUGUGAAGAGGAGAUAAAUUCGACCUUUUGUCCCUGUGGCCACACUGUAUGCUGCAAGACCUGUGCUGCCCAAUUGCAGUCAUGUCCUGUUUGCAGAUCUCGUGUAGAACAUGUCCAGCAUGUGUACUUGCCAACCCACACCAGUCUGCUCAAUCUGACUGUGAUAUGAUCUACGUAUACACUUUAAACCCAUCAUGUACUCUUUAAACUGCACUAAUAGGAAAUGCAACCAUUGAUUGUGAAAAAGGCAAUCACUCUGGCACCUAUCCACAAUCAAAAGCAAAAAUACUGCAUUUUUUUAACAUAAAUAUUCUUUGUUCAGCAUGUCCAAAAUGGCUUGGGACAUCUUGUGAGAAGUGUAACUGCUUCAUGUUACUUAAGCGGAGAAUGAUGUGUAAGCCUGUAGCACAGUGGUGUUGCCACAAAGCUAGGUAAAGGUAACCCUGGAGAAGUGUGGUGUACAUGUAGUGAUACACCCCCACAAGAGAAAUGCAGGCUUUUGUUUUACCCUCUCUAAAUCCUUUUUAGUACAGUUGCUCCAUUUAUUUUAGUAGUAAGACUAGCUUUUACAGUUACCAGUUUAGUAUGGCUCAUAGUUUCUGUUUCUAGUAAACUGCUUGGAAGAGAACUUUUUAAAAAAUUAUUCUUAAAGUUACAAGACUUCAUCAAGCAGCUGUUUAACUCAGAAUGCCAUUAAGUAAAUAAAAUUCUGAGAGAAUAGCUUUGGAAGGGUGGGACAAGUUUGUUAAUCUUGAGGUAUGAAGGGUAGUCUCCUGACUGGCAGUGUCCUGUGGGGGCACUCUUAUGAGACUUCAUUUGCUCCCAGGUUCCCACAUCCAACUUGGCUGUUGGUCUUGGGAGCUGCAGUCAGCUGCCCCUUAAGUUGGCUUUAGUUUUGGAGACUGAUUUUUAAACUGUUAAAGAUGUGCCAUUAAUUCCUAAAGUAAGGGUUGUGUAUAAUUCUAAAUGCUUUCUUCAGUUAACAUCUUUAUUGGCUAGGUCAUUUCCUGCUAAAAUGCUUUUAUAUUCCACCCCUCUCCUUCUUGAGCAUUUUGGGCUCUGGUUUUCCUAGUGUGUUCUCCAGGGUGCAGAGGGAACUAGAAACUGUGUUUGGGUGCAAUACUGGCUUAAUCAAAGCUAGAAAAGUACACUGUCACUUUACUGAAAUUUUCUGACUAUACUUUUCAUAUUGCCUUAAUGUAGCAGUAAUGUGUGUUUAUGCAUCUAUUUCUUUGCACAGACAUUUUGUCAGAAUAUUAAAACUCUACUUUUUUAUGACACAUUAGCAUAUAAACCUUACUCUAAAAGGGUAUUUAUUUUUUCACUUUGUAAAGAAAAUUUUGUUUCCUCAUAAAGCAAGAGCUUUGUCCUAUAUUGUAGGCAGCUUCUGUCUUUUUAUAUUCAGAUUAAUAAAGGACUUUAAAAAAAUC